AUGCAACGGCACGGAGCUGGUGACUGCGACGCGCGCUGCGCCACGGCGUGCCAGCGUUGCGACAUUGAUCAGUGCUCCACUUCUGUAGCUACGGAUUUCUUCUACGACCCGAGGCAGCCGACGACGCCGCUGCAGCAUUCGCACGCGCUGUCCACGACGCCCUCGUCGACGCCGCCGCUGAUGCAGUCAUGGCAGAGCGGCGGCGGCGGCGGGACGCCCGGGUCGCCGCUGCCGGCCCUGACAGGCGGCACGUUCGGGUACGACGAGCUGGCGGCCGCGACGGACAGGUUCUCGGAGGCGAACCUGCUUGGAGAGGGCGGGUUCGGGCACGUGUACAAGGGCACUGUGCGCGGGCAGGAGGUGGCCAUCAAGAAGCUGCGCGCCGGCAGCGGGCAGGGCCAUAAGGAGUUCCGGGCGGAGGUGGACAUCAUCAGCCGCGUGCACCACAAGAACCUCGUCUCCCUCGUUGGCUUCUGCAUCCACGCCGAGCAGCGCCUCCUCGUCUACGAGUAUGUCCCCAAUAAGACGCUCGAGUCACAGCUGCAUCAUGGGAGCAGUCGUGCGACGCUAGAUUGGCCGCGGCGGUGGAAGAUCGCCGUCGGUUCUGCUAAGGGUCUCGCGUAUUUGCACGAGGACUGUCACCCCAAGAUCAUCCAUCGUGACAUCAAGGCAGCCAACAUCCUCCUGGAUUACAACUACGAGCCCAAGGUUGCAGAUUUUGGGCUAGCAAAAUGCCAGGAAAUAGAACAGACUGCUGUCGAAACGCGCAUAAUGGGAACAUUUGGAUAUCUGGCUCCGGAAUAUGCUGCCACCGGCAAAGUCUCCGACCGGUCCGACGUCUUCUCCUUCGGCGUAAUGCUUCUGGAGCUGAUCACGGGAAGGAAACCUAUCAUGGAAUCUUCAGAUCACCAGCCUGAAACAUUGGUUUCUUGGGCGAAGCCCUUGCUGACGAAGGCCGCGGAGGAGGAAAACUACGAGGAGCUGAUCGACCCGAAGCUGGAGACCAACUACGACGCUUACGACAUGGCGCGGCUCAUCGCGUGUGCAGCCGCCGCCGUUCGCCAAACCGCGAGGUCUCGCCCCCGGAUGACCCAGAUCGUCCGGUACCUGGAGGGCGAGCUGUCGGCGGAGGACCUGAACGGCGGCAUGGCGCCAGGCCAGAGCGCGAUGCAUCGGUCGUCAGGCGGCGCCAACACGGACGAGAUGAGGCGGCUGAGGAAGAUGGCGUUCGGCCCGGGGAGUGGCACGGUCGGUGGCACCAUCAGCGAGUACGCCAGCAGCGAGCAGAGCGCGCCGACGAGCGAGUACGGGCUGAACCCGUCCAGCGAGUACACGGCCAGCAGCGCGGCAACCACGGAGGACAUGACAGACGCCCCAUACAGAACUGGGAGCGGCGAGGCUAGACCCGGAACUACGGAGCGGUUAAGCAGGCGCACCACCGCCAGCAGGCAGGUCGGACGGCCCAGCCGAGGGUGAUGACCGAUGAGACGCCGGAAUUUUCGUACAGUUUACGAGCCAAUGAUAAAAGAAAAUCGUUGCUCGUGUACAUACCUGAUGCUGCCACUGGGAUUUCGUUCCCCUUUCUUCUUUCCGUGUUUGUUCUUCGGUUUUCAGAUUCAUGUGAUUUGUUUUGGGUGGUGGAAGUUGUAAUUAACCACUCAUCGGAUGAAUAAAACGUAAAUACAGUAGGUGUUAAAAGUUCUUUUCCUUU